AUUAUUUUUACCAGCGAACGGCGUCGAACGCAAGUAAAGCAUUAAAGGCAGGACCACUUGACAACCAAGCAACGCGCCGUUAGGGCGUCAUGACAGGGCCCCACCUACGGCCCGGAACCCAAACCCAAAUUAAAUCCAGCCAAUUGGUCUGAGGAUACAAAUAGGCGGGAAAGUUCUUUGAGCCAUAAUUUUCCAGCCAGAGCUAGGCUUUUGGGUCUCAGUAGAUCCAGCGAGGCGGCAAUUUUCUCCGGCUCUUCUCUACCGCUGCAGAGAUGAAGAAAGCCGGAAUCUUUGCAGCCGCAUCGGUUGCCACCGCAUCAGUUUCCGCCGCCUCCUACGUUGCUCUCUCUUCCGGCUCCGACCGCUGUGCCGGCCCGCACUUCAAGAAUGAGGGUUCGUCGUUGCCGUCGGGCUCGAAGGAAGCGGGAUCAGAAUCGCGAAGGGACGGAGGGGUGGAUAAGUUCGCUCCCAGGUUUGAUGGGCUCAGGUUUAUCGAAACGCUGGUGACGGCUCAUAGAUGAUGCGGUAAAUCUCAAUAAUCGUUUUGUGCUGUCAUGGCUUCGAGUUCUCAGAGACGAGUUAUUAAAUUUUCCCUUUUUCCAAUUUUUUUUCUUCCUCGAAUUGUUCUUUUUAAAGAUUUUUGUGGGUUCUGUCAGAUUAUGUACUGAUGAUGAUUUUGGUUAGUGACGAGCUGAUAUUUUUUUACUUUUC